UCUGGACUGUGCACACUGUGAAAGUAACAGUUCUUAACUUGAUGUUCCUCUGCGAUGCUCUGUGAGCCUCCCGUCUAAUCGACGACUCAGCACAUUUCUGAUGAGGAUGUCCUCUGUUUGUGAGGAACAGUUCACAGAAAUGGGAUUUUCUUUAUGUGAGGAAGUGCUGUUAAAAAUAGCCUGACGAGGUUACAAUGAGCGGGUUUGUGUUAGCUGAAACUUAGAGACAUGCGGACAGAUGCUCGUUUACUGGACUUUUUAAAUCACGUCACAGACAAAGUGAGAGUGGAGCAUCAAAGAAAAGAAAGAAAGAAGGAUCGUUUAUUUGGCUGGGAGAAUUUAUUCAGAUCAGCAUAGUUCACUCGAGAACAGAGAACAACAGGCGGUCUUGGGAGCAGCUUGUUGAUGGCACUGCGCACCGGGAGGACUUGGUUUGGGCAGGUCUUGCGCAGGGUCUUUCGGCUGCAGGGCUCCUGGUCCAGGCGAUCGAGCAGUCUCUUGUGUCUCUCUGCAAACCAGGAGCAGGAUCUUGGCUUCUGUCAUCGGGAUCACCACAAGGCGGGGGAUUUCCACCGCUGCUCAGACUCCGGCGUCCACCGCGGACACAAUCACCGGAGCGCACCUUUCUGCGCCUCCGCCUCCAGGCGCUGUCCACGCGGCUUUCCACACGCUUGCUGCGCCUUCCCAGGGAAUCCGAGGGGACAUGAGCCCCUCGGUCGCCGGUUCCUGUUGGCCAUGAAGCGGCAAAACGUGCGGACCCUGUCCCUGAUCAUUUGCACGUUUACAUACCUGCUCGUCGGGGCCGCCGUCUUUGACGCCCUGGAGUCCGACUUCGAGAUGCGAGAAAAAGAGCAGCUGGAAGCGGAGGAGAAGCGACUCCAGGGGAAAUAUAACAUCAGCGAGGAUGAUUACCGAAAACUGGAGACCAUCAUCAUGGAGGCAGAGCCCCACAGAGCAGGGGUGCAGUGGAAAUUCGCAGGCUCGUUUUACUUUGCCAUCACCGUUAUAACCACCAUUGGCUAUGGGCAUGCAGCGCCGGGGACCGACGCAGGAAAGGCCUUUUGCAUGUUUUAUGCUGUCCUGGGAAUCCCAUUGACUCUUGUUAUGUUUCAAAGUCUGGGAGAGAGGAUGAACACUUUUGUCAAGUACCUCCUGAAACGUAUCAAGAAGUGUUGCGGCAUGAGCAUCACAGAUGUGUCCAUGGAGAACAUGGUGACCGUAGGAUUCUUCUCCUGCGUGGGCACGCUCUGCAUCGGAGCCGCUGCCUUCUCCCAUUACGAGGACUGGAGUUUCUUCCAGUCAUAUUAUUAUUGCUUCAUCACAUUAACAACUAUAGGCUUUGGGGACUUUGUGGCCCUUCAAAAGAACCGGGCCCUUCAGAAGAAACCACUGUAUGUGGCCUUUAGCUUCAUGUACAUCCUGGUGGGCCUGACGGUCAUUGGGGCCUUCCUCAACCUGGUGGUGCUCCGCUUCCUGACUAUGAACAGCGAGGACGAACGGCGGGAUGCCGAAGAACGAGCCUCGCUAGCUGGCAACCGGAAUAGCAUGAUCAUCCACAUCCAGGACGAAUCACUACCGAGGGGCCGGCGGAGACGGGAGCCAUACCGGGCAGAAGUGACUGAUUUGCAGUCAGUUUGCUCCUGUAUGCACUACCAAUCGCAUGACUUCGGCAGCUCUGGGGGAGGGAUGGGAGGCCUGGGCUGUGCCUUCUCCCAUCAGAACUCAUUCAGCUCUCAGCUGAAUCCCAAUCAGUACUUUCAUUCAGUUUCCUACAGGAUUGAGGAGAUCUCGCCCAGCACCUUGAAAAACAGCUUCUUCCCUUCACCAAUUAGCUCAGUGUCUCCGGGCCUUCACAGCUUCACAGACAAUCACCAGCUCAUGAGGAGAAGGAAAUCCAUUUAAACCACAACACAGACAGGACAAAUAAGUUUCCAUAUUUUAUACACAAGGUCAAACAUUUCCAAUGCUGCUCCUUACCAAAUCUUAUUUCAGCACUCCCCCCCUCCCCCAUUUUUAGUUGUGUGUAAUAUAAAAAGUAUUCUUAGGAACAGAUGAAGAACACUACGCAGAACAGCAAGUGUGGACACAAUGGAAUGCAAAGCAUGAAGCAUGGAUGUCUAUUUUUUCAAGAGAUUCCUCCAUUUACACAAACUACAAGAACUUCCUUGUUUCAGAUUUACAGUACAAAAUUGAUAUAUUAACUUUGGUUACAUACCAAAUGAUGCACACUUGGAGAAAAUGCUAUUUUUCAAAAGGGAGUACGCUUGUUUCACCUUAACUUGAAGAAACUUUUACCGUUAUGUACUAUUCCAUUGCCUCACUGCAGACAGAGAUUUUAAAAUGACUUAAAGCAUCAGGUAUUGUUUUCUAUAAGCAAUCAUAUAUUUCAAUGGUUUCACCACACAUCAAUCCCAGAUAUUGUUGCCAAUGUUAGCAUGUGCAUUAGAUGUCAUUUAAUGAGUGUGCCAUGGUUUUGUGACAUUCUUUGGUCUGUUUAUAGAACAGCUGUACGAAGAUCAUCUGUUUGUCUAGGAUUCAAAGGAUCGUACUGUUGUUAUUGAUCUUUCACCAUCUAGAAUCAGGUCUGGAAGCAAAAGCUUUAAUCUCGCCCACAAUCCACCCCUCCCAUGACACUAGUAAACACAUUAGCCAGAUUUGGAUUGAGUAUUUUUCUCCCAUUGACACUCACAUUGAAGAUCCUCAUUGCACUCCUUUCUAAAUUAACAGUUUUUCUCAAAUAUUCAGUAAUUAUACAGGGAAAGAGGCAGAAGACCAGUUUGCAUUGAUAGACCAGAAUGCAGUGCAUUCAACAAAGGGGUCCUUUAAUGAUUUAUAUUCU